AUGCGCGAGCUUAAAGGGGCGAUGCCGGCGGCGGGGUCCGCCCGGAGGAGAAAUGCUCGUUUCCCGCCCUCUGCCUGUCUGCACCGCAGCGGGCGGCUCGGCUGCCGGUGGUCUCGCCGGAGGGGCGACGCCCCCGUGACAGGGCUGACGGAGGCAGAGGGUGCCAGUGAUGCAAUGGAUAAAUACCUUUUGGAAAAACUGAAGAUGAAAGAAAUCAACAGGCUUGGGAUCUGCGAGACUAAACCAGAACGUUUCAUCACCAGUUCAGAAGAUUUAAUUACACCUUCUGUUGGAAUACUUGUCAAGAUAACUUCUCUGGCGAUCUAUUUCGUUACUUGCAAACCGCCUCAGAGUUCAUCGUGUCAGCUCAAAGCCUCUGUAUCUUUUGCGGAACCAUUUUCCCUUCAUUUUGAAAAUAUACCAAGAGAGCUGGUUGAUAAUAUUCUGCAGGAAUUGGAGCUUUGCGUAAUGUUGCUGGAAGCCUGGCCUGGAGAGGGACAGGGUGAUGCUGGAUUUGAAUUGCCCAGGCACUGCUGCCUUGCCCAAACGAUGAGCGAAGCCAAACUCCAUUCCAGAAGCAUUGCCGAGUCUCUGGCUAGUCCUACAACUUUUUCCUGCUCUCUGUUGCCGCUGUAUCCCCUUACAUACCAUAAUGUGAAGAUAUCCUUUACAUUCUUCACUGACUUCAUUUGGAGGGAUUGGGAUGAUGACGAAAGCUGUGAGAAAUACUCAGCUCUGGGAGGAACUAUUUGUGCUGCAGUGAGUCACCAUUUUUAGAAAAAACAUCUGGUAACAUAUAAAAUCUUGUGUUUGGACUUGAUUCAUUAUCAAAGUAGCAUUAAAGAAGAACCAGCAACUAGAGAAGCUGAUGAAUACUGGAAAACAUACUGUGCUAUUGAAGAGCAGAGCGCUUUGGUCACUGUUUUAGAGCAGCAUAGGAGGAAAACUUGGAAUUCCAAAAUACAGCCCUGGUAUCUAAAAAGCUCUUCGCAAAAGCAACUGAAUGCAGGAAACAGAACAGUGCAGAAGAUUUUUAAAUUGCUCUUAAAUUUGAAACUUUACUUUUACUUUUCUUUCAGUUUGUGCAAAUGCAGGAAGCGGUGCUCACUCUUUCCUGUCCGGGUGAAAGAUUUUUCAGUGGACACUCCAUGUCAGCAACAUGAUAAUUUGAAUAUGGCUUUAGGAAGUUGGUACAGUAGAGACCACGCAGUCAUUUUCCCAGGAGAAUAUGAGGCUGUAAACUUAUCUCUGUUAACUAGAGACAUUAUUAUUGAAGGAACUGGAAAACCAGAAGAACCCAUGAUUGUUUCUGAACCCCCUCAUGAGAGCUCUGCGGUAUCAAAAGCCCAAGAUACAAAACUGACGCACCUUAGGUCGGUACAGCAGAGAACGAGCGUCAAUAGUGUUGCGGCUGCUGCAUCUGGCAUCCAUGCUUCCCUGACCAUCACAGAUCAUGAAAUUACUAGAGCUCAGGGCUCUGCUGUUGAGCUGUACACAAGAAGCACAGCCAUCUUAGAGACUUAUAAAAUUCAUCAUUGUACUAGUACCAGAACCAGUGAGACCUCACAUCACAGCCAGGUGGGCAUUAAUGUUAAGGUAACAUUUUAUGGUCUUUUUCCAGUAAUAGUAGAUAAGAGCUUUACAGUUACAAAAUCAGAAUAAUUUUUGUAAAUUGACCUGAGAAACAUCAACUUCACUCUAAAAGGGGAUUUCUUUAGCUAGGAUUUAACAUCAAAGCACCCCCAAUUAAAACUGGGUUUAGCCAGUAUCAUAGAAUAUUGUACGGACACCUGAUAAUCCCUGGUACCCUAUUCCACCUCCUAAAACUUUCUACAUUAGAAGCAGGGAAAAAACUAAUGGUAACAAUGUAGCUGAAAGCAGACUGCAGCAAAGGGCCCCACUAGCACCAAGACCUGAUAAGAACAACAAAACCUUAAGUGAGAGAGAGCAGGACUCCGCCACUGAAACACCAGCAAAGCUGCUCUCUGAAGGGAGGCCAGCUCACUAGAGUUCAUCUGAAUUUUCCCCAGUAUCUCCAGUUCCGUUUCUGCACACACACAGACUGAGGCAGCGCUGAACAGCCUAUUGCUGUAGGGCCCUCUCUUAAGCUCUGGUCUGUGCUCACCUUGCACCCAUCUCUCCUGCCUCCUGUUUAAACGCCGACUUCUUGUGAAAACCAGUAACAGCUAGGGGAAGCUAGAAAGCUUUAACAGAUAUUAGCUCAUACUGAAACCUUGUAGACUUGACACUGAAAUUAAGUAUCGUUCUCUUUAAAACCAUUGGACAUCUGCUUCAUGUUUUCAGUUUUGUGGUGGUAACACAACUGAGAUAAGGCAAUGUUUGAGGGGCUAAGCCAAGGAAAGCAAAUUUUGUCUGGAUGCAAUA